AUGCUGUAUUUGGUUCUAAUUCUUGCCAUCAUCUACUUGAUAUACAAAUGGGGAACAAAUACUUUCGAUUACUUUGAAAAGAGAGGUAUUAAGUAUAACAAGCCGUUGUUCCUUGUUGGUUCUCGAUUGAGUAUUCUUUUGAAGAACUCAAGUAUGGUCGACUCUGUUCAGAAGACUUAUAAAGAGUUUAGAAAUGAGAAAAUCUCGGGAAUGUUUGAGUUUAAGCACCCAACUUAUUUUAUUCGAGAUCCCGACAUCAUUAAACGUUUAGCCAUUAAAGAAUUUGACCAUUUUACGGAUCAUCGUCUUGUUCUUGACGAAGAAGUUGAACCUCUCUUUGCUAAGGGAUUAUUUGGUUUAACUGGACAGAAAUGGAAAGACAUGCGAGCAACUUUAUCGCCGGCUUUUACAGGUAGUAAAAUGCGCUUGAUGUUUAACCUAAUGAAUAAAGUUGGGUCACAGAUGACAGCUUCAAUCAGAAAUCAAAUCGACAGUGGAAAGAAUAACGAAGUUGAAUUCAAGGAAUUCGCGAGAAAUUUUACUUUAGAUAUUAUUGCUACUUGCGCUUUUGGAAUUGAGGUCAAUUCUUUUGAACAUCCAGACAACGAAUUCAUUAAGAUCGCUAGAAAAGCCACAAACUUUGGUGACAUUCCAAUUUAUAAAUUCAUUGGCUUCUUUUUAUUCCCCAAAUUGAUGGCAAAGCUCAACAUUAAAUUCCUUGAUAAGGAUUUAUAUGUAUUUUUUGACGAAGUGUUGUCGGAUACGAUUCAGCAACGAGAGAAAAAAGGAAUAGUCCGAAAUGACAUGAUUGAUCUUUUACUGCAAGCUAAAAAAGGAAGCCUAACUCAUGAUGAAAGUCAAGAAGAAACGUUGUCAAACAUUGGUUUUGCAACAGUUGAGGAAUCAGACAUUGGAAAACACAAAGUCAAAAGAACUUGGACUGACGAAGAUUUAAUGGCUCAGGCUUUCAUUUUCUUCUUUGCCGGCUUCGAGACUGUGUCAACUGUCAUGACCUUUAUGGCCUACGAAUUACUACUUAAUCCUGAUGUCCAAACAAAAUUACAGAAGGAAAUCGAUGAAGUCUACAAAUCACUUGGUGGAAAGGAAUUGACAUAUGAGCAUGUACAGGGUAUGAAGUAUAUGGAUAUGGUUGUGUCUGAGACAUUGAGAAAAUGGCCAGCUGCUCCAGUUGUCGAUAGAAAUUGCACAAAACCUUUUACUUUGGAAUAUGAUGAUAAAAAAAUUGAUUUUGAAAUUGGAAGAAACUUUUAUGUGCCUAUUUAUGCUAUUCAUCAUGAUCCACUUUACUAUGAGAACCCAGAGAAAUUCGACCCUGAACGAUUCAGUGAUGAGAAUAAGGAUAAAAUUGCUAAUGUUCUCUACGCUCCAUUCGGUAUAGGUCCAAGAAAUUGCAUUGGAAGCAGAUUUGCUCUUCUGGAAGUCAAAACAAUUUUCUACUAUUUAUUGUUGAACUUCAGCUUCGAGGCAACCAGCAAGACAAAAAUUCCAAUUCAGUUUGUUAAGAUUCCUUCAAUCUUCCAGAUUGAAGGUGGUUUGGACAUUGCAUUGGCUCCAAGAUCAAAGUAA